CGGGCUGCGCGCUGUCUCUUCCGGUCGGACAGCUGAGAGGCUCCGGGCUGGCGCUGGCCGCGCCAUGUCCGCUCCCUGCCGCCUGCACAGCCCGCCCGCAGAGACACAGAGGCUGCUGACCCCUGUGAAUAGCUAUGGGUCUCAAGACGGGGGGGCCAGGCCGGGCGUGGGCUCCACUUCCCUCCUGCCUGAGGAGGAAGACUUGCGCAGGCGCCUCAAGUACUUCUUCAUGAGUCCAUGUGACAAGUUCCGCGCCAAAGGCCGCAAACCCUUCAAGUUGGUGCUGCAGAUCAUCAAGAUCAUCAUUGUCACCAUCCAGCUCAUCCUCUUUGGGCUCAGCAAUCAGAUGGUGGUGACGUUCAAGGAGGAGAACACCAUUGCUUUCAAACAUCUGUUUCUGAAGGACUAUGUGGAUGGGUCGGAGGACACAUACGCUGUCUAUACGCAGAGGGACCUCUACGAUCACAUGUUCUACGCCGUGGAGAAGUACCUGGCCAUUCCUAACGAGACAAUCGGGCGCUACGCCUACGUGCAUGGGGAGUGCAGCGGGAACCAGUCGGCCCUCAUGCUGUGCCAGCAGUACUAUCGCAAAGGGCAGAUCGACCCUGCCAAUGACACUUUCAACAUCGACCCCAAGAUCAUCACAGACUGCCUGGGUGUGGACCCCAUGGAGAGGAUGCCCUGGCCCCUGCAGCCCCACCCCAGCUACCGGAACGUCACGCUCAAGUUUCACAAGCUCAUUAACGUCACCAUCCAGUUUAAACUGAAGGCCAUCAACAUCCAGACGAUCAUUAACAAUGAGAUCCCAGACUGCUACACCUUCACCAUCACUAUCACGUUUGACAACAAGGCUCACAGUGGCCGGGUGAAGAUCAGCCUGGACAACAAAGCUGACAUUAAAGAGUGCAAGGACCCCAGCAUCUAUGGCCGAGGAGACAACACCUUCCGCAUGUUCUUCGACGUGGCUGUGAUCCUUGUUUGUGUGCUGUCCUUCAUCCUGUGUGCCCGCUCCAUCAUCCGGGGCUUGAUACUGCAGCAUGAGUUGGGCCAUUUCUUUCAGAGACGUUACAACCAGGACGUCUGCCUGUCAGACCGCAUGGAGUUUGUGAAUGGCUGGUAUAUCCUGCUGGUGGUGAGUGAUGUCCUGACAGUGUCCGGGACCAUCAUGAAGAUCGGAAUUGAGUCAAAGAACUUUGCCAGCUAUGACGUGUGCAGCAUCCUUCUGGGCACCUCCACUCUCCUGGUCUGGGUCGGGGUCAUCCGCUACCUCAGCUUCUUCCAGAAAUACAAUAUUCUCAUAGUGACCAUGAGGGUCGCCCUCCCCAACGUGAUCCGCUUCUGCUGCUGUGUUGCUGUCAUUUACCUGGGCUACUGCUUCUGCGGGUGGAUCGUACUGGGCCCAUACCAUGUCAAGUUCCGCACCCUCUCCAUGGUGUCCGAAUGCCUCUUCUCCCUCAUCAACGGGGAUGAUAUGUUCGUGACCUUUGCUGAGAUGCAACAGAACAGCUACCUGGUGUGGCUCUUCAGCCAGCUCUACCUCUAUACCUUCAUCAGUCUCUUCAUCUACAUGGUGCUCAGCCUCUUCAUUGCACUCAUCACCGGCUCCUAUGAGACCAUCAAGCACCAAUGUGAGGGAGAUGUGCCCAUCACACAGCUCCACAUGUAUAUUGCCGAAUGCAAAGACAGCCCAAGGUCUGGCAAGUUCCGCCGUGAGAGCAGCUCCUCCUGCUCGGUUUUCUGCUGCUGCGAGCGGGCUCCACUGCAAGACAACACACUGGUGGUGAAUUGACAACGCAGCUGCGGGAGAGCCUGAUCUGUGUACCUGUGCGGGAGAGCGCUGUCUGCUGUACUGCUGGGGAACUGAGCCUGUACAUGGAACUGCCUGGAGGGGAUUGGUCAUGGGGACAGUCCCAGCCCUGCGACCGCAUCCACUGGCAGCUGCCUCCCUGGCUGGACUCCAAGGACUAGUAGCAGGAGUGGGGCUGUGUGGCCCCCAAGCAGAGACAUGGGUGAGCUCUGUCCACCAAGAUGAACCCUGGAUCUGCUGAGUCAGCGCUUAGCCUAUAGCACUAGCUGGGCUCUGCUCAGUGUGUGCUGGCCACAUGGGCUGGAACCUUGGGCCACAGCUUUUAUGUAGCACCCUUUUUUAUUUACCUUCUGGCUUUUACCAGGCUGUGUGAUCCGGGAGGGGGGAGGAAAAGGGCUGAGGACCCCCCUUUGUCACCGCCUUGGGUUGGAGGGGGGAGGGGAAAUGGUGUGGUUCUUCACAUGGAGCCAUGCAAAAAUGGAACCUGAAUGAGAUGAGCACUGCAGUGAUGCCAGCACUCCUGUCCCAUGGCAGUGCCAUCCCUCAGCAGAACCCUCCCUUGUCCCUUGCAGCCUGGGUCCCAGCAGAGACUGCUGAGUUUAUGUAGCGGAAGGAGUUCCCCUGAUGGAGCCCUUCCUCCCUUAGGCAGGGGAAGCCCAGCUUUGCAGUGGGCUAGGAGAGUUCGGGAAAGAUACUGCUGUCCAGACCUUGUUGCUGCUCUUGACCCCCCCCCCCCCAGUUGGGAACUGGUGCCAUCCCAGGGCUGUGUUCUGGGUACUCUGUCAUUCUGCAUCUUGCCUUUUCCAGUCUCCGCUCUCUUCUGACUGCUGGCCUGUCUGCUGCAGAGAUGCCCCACUGAGGGCAUCACUGAGUUGCACUGUGCUGGGUGCUGUUGGCAGCCUGGACACUUGAUAGGCUGGGUUUAGUUUUUGAAGGUGUUUUUAAAAUGUUUUCAAGCUGCCUCUUCUCCCCCCCCCCCCCGCCCCCAAAUGCCAUGCCUGGGGGGGAGGUGGGGAGGGGAGGGCUGGGCCUUUCCUGCUGCCUCAGGAUGUUUAAAAAAGCCUUUUGGGCCUUUAUCUUUUGUCUACAUUUGUUAACUUUAGAAACAGUCUGCUCUCCCCUGUUCCUACUGGAGGUCUCCUUGGAGGAACAGAGAGUUGGGAGGGGGGUAUGGCUUCUGCCUGCUGAUGAGGGAGGGCAUGCUGGGCUGGGGCCUUGCACAGACCUCUUCCACCUUGAAUGUCUGGCAAAGCCUUGGCCUGGUCUACACGGGGGCGGGGGGGGGGGGGGAAUAUCUAUCUAAGAUAUGCAACUUCAUCUAUGAGAAUAGUGUAGCUGAAGUAGAUGUACCUUAGAUCGACUUAGAAUCACUUACUUCGCAUCCUUGCGGUGCGGGAUCGACAGCCACCGUCGACUCCAUUUCCACCUCUCGCCUUGGUGGAGUUCCAGAGUCGACAGGGAGCGCAUUCGGGGAUCUAUGUAUCGCGUCUAGAGGAGAUGCGAUAGAUCGAUCACUACCCGCUGAUCCGGCAGGUAGUGUAGAUGUACCCUAGGGUUCUGCACCAAUCCCUUCCUUUCCCAAGGGCUGUGGCUCUUGCUCUCUGAUGUCACAAUUCUGCUAUACCCCAAGCCCUUCAGAAUCCUCCAGUGCAGAGAAGAGGGGAGCCCUGGUUUCUGAUGGAAAUGCAUGUGGGAAAGGACAGGUUCUUUCCGUGCCAGCAGCAGCAUAGCCCCAGGGCCCUUUUCUAGUCACCUUGCAGUUUUAAUACUUUUUAAAUCAUGUGUUUUUUAGGACUCACUGCCUCUCCUGUGCGUUGUUUGCAGCCAGGCAGUAGUGUGUGUGCUGAGAAUGGCUGCUGGCUAAGCCUCUGUGGGGUCAGAUCCUUCCCCUUGGGCCUUAGAGGGGUGUGGCCAGCAUCCACAACCAGGGAAUAACUCUGAAUCCUCAAGGUCUUGGCCUGCUCUUUGUUCUAAAUCCCUCUCACAUUGCCAGGGUCUCUAACAUCCCCACAAGUGGCAGCAGAACCUGCCUCCCCUGCACACAGCCUCUCCACUCUGUUUGGCUUGUGCUGUUGCUGGUGAGCACCUGGGCCAGGCAGUGCAGCUGCCCCUCCCCAGAGGGCUGGCAAACAAAGGAAAGUGGACUAGGAGACCUCCCUUCCCCACCCACUCUCUGGGGUGCAGCCAGCUCUGGUGUGAAGACCCCUAACAGCUGCAGGUACAAAACAGGCAGAUGGAAAGGUGCAAUAUGAAGGAGAUGGCAGUGGUGGUGAUGUGUAGUGCACACAUAGUUACAUGCUGUAGUGAAAAGUGGGACGUGUCCACACUGGGUGUAGCUACACAUCAGUGAAAGGCUAUGAUGGGGGAGGCCAAGCCUUUCCCUGCAGCUGGAGACUUUCCCUGCAGUGGAGGAAUGGCAACAGCAGCAGGACAUUACCCUGCUAAAAAUAGCCAUGUAGCUAGAGAGGCACAGCUUGGGUGAGUAGAGCUGUGUGGGCUGUCUAUCCGAGUACAUAUCCACCCCCUUCAGGUGUGUCUUUACCCACCUAAGCCUUGCCUCACAGUCGGCACUGUUUAUAGCCACGUGAAGGGGGCUACACGCUGCUGAGCGAUUGGGGCAACGUCGACAUACCUUUAAUGGUUUUAAGCAGCCUCUGUUCCUUUAAGGCCAUGUAGCUAAAAGCACAGUCGGGGGAGUUUGUGCCUCUGGUACCCAGAGAGAGCCCCCAUAAUCUAUAGCUGGGCACAGGGACCAGAUCUCCUUAGGCUUAGUGCCCCCCAUCUCCCCUGCAGCAUUGUUCAGCUUGUGCUCCAGGCCCUGGCUGCCUGUUAUCGGUGCCAGAAAGUCAGGUCUGCCACCUGCCUUUUGCACUGGGCACUCACUGGCCUGCUGUGCGGAGAAUGAGCUAUGGGCCAGCCCUCCACUCCCAGCACCAAAUGGAGCUUGUGUCCUAUACAGACUGGGAAGGCCCCCAGGGCUGGGUGUGCUGGAGCCCAACAGGAGUACCUGUGAAACGGGGGGUGGACAAAUUGGUAGCAUCUGGGCUGUCUUGGGACAGACUUGGCAGCAUCCUGCCUCCACCUCCAGUGAAAUCACAGGCCUAUCCACCACACUGAAUUCACUUACAGCCUGGAACGCUGCAGGAAAGGGUUUCCAGCAGGGUCAGGGCUGUGGGAUGGCAGCAGCACUAGAAGUAUUUAAAUCUUCCUCUGGCAGAGCCCCCCCACUUAGGAAGCUGGCACCUCAGGCUUUGGAGGGUGUUGGUGUUGGGGUCAGUGUAGCCCUGCUUUGGAACUGGCCUGCAGCCCCUCUCCCUGCUCAGGGCUGUUAGUGCUGGUGAUGUCAGUAGUACCUGCUGAAUGCCCAAUAUGAAUCCCCAUGAAGAUGAGUGUGGCUCGGAGCCAGCCCUGGUGUUGGUAGUUCAGAUUGUGUCUGUCAACGAAUUGUGCUUCAAUCAGACUGUUGCCCAAACCCUGGUCAGCUCACACUGCAGCAGGCAGCUGGUUUCUUAGAGGCCUCCCUGCCUGUUGGCUUCUCCCAGCAAUGCCAUUUGUGCAGCAUCUCAAGUGGCUUCCCCUCCCCACUUGCUUAGGGUGCGGCGCUCUUCCUAUUGACUGGCAGGAGGCCGAGUGGCUUGUACAUGUUUUGUUUGGCUUGGAGCAUUGCCACCUGUGCUCAGCUCCUGGUGUCCCAGGGUUGCAGUGGCUCUGUCCACACUCUGUGAAAACCCUGCACUCUGGACUGUGGGUGCUAGACCCAGGCUGCAUGGAAGAAAAGGUAAGAGGGGUCUCAGGGCUGGGCCUCCUUUCCCAUGGGUGUGCGCUGACCAUUGCUGCUCUGUUGGGAGCAGAGUUAAACUGACAGGAGCACUUUUGAACAGCUCCACUGGCCCUUCCACUAGGGUGUCUAUUCCCCCCUGCUGAAGGGCCUGGUGCACAGCUGGCCUAGGCCCUAGCCACUGCUACCUGUAAUCUGUCGUCUCUGUGGCUGGCAGAGGCCUGUGCUGCUGGAGCUGGCUGAAGGGGCUGUUUAUAUUGCUCUGGAUGUGUUGUCUCGUGGGCUGUUGGACAGGACAGGUCAAGGGCAUGUUUUGUAACAACAGAAGCAACUGUUCCCCUCUGGAAGCUGGCACCGUGACAGCUCAGCAUUAUUACUCUCUCUUGGAAAGCUCCACUGAAUACCUGCCUUCUGCAGCCUGUGCUGUCCCUCUGCUGUCUGCAUGGGCCACUGCUGUUGGGGAGGAAGGGGGCCCUGUCUCUUCUAACAAGCUCAUUGCAUUCAGCCCUCUCAGUAGCUCCACAUGGCUGUCUGCCCCCUCAGUGUAAUGGGCUCAUGUGUCAAACCCCUUCACCCCACUCUGUGGCUAGCAUGUGGCCCUGCUAAUAGUGCCAGCAGCUGAGCCUGGGUCUGUUUGUCUGUACAGGAUGCACCUGUCAUAGCCCUGCUGUAGAGCCAGGACUGCUGUGCUGGGGACAAAUUUUUGCCAUGCGUGUCUCCCCUACACCCCCCAAGCACAGGGGCUGUCACUAUCUGCAUUGCUGCUGGGGUGAUGAGCUUAUUACAAGCAUCUUUGUCUUCCCCCAGUACCAACUCAUCAGUGCAAUGAUGAGGCAUCUUUCAGUGCUCCAGCUAUAGAAAAUGAUCUUGGCUGCUGCCUGCCUGUCAGUUCAUGCAGCCCUUUCCUCCAGGGGUUGGCAGCGCUGCUAAUUUGUGACUUUAAUGUGAGCCUUGCAAUAUUUGGUGUGCCUCCCCCCGCCCCCCUUCCUUAAACUCACAGCAUCAUGUGCUGUCAGGGGAAUCUCAGCUUUUGUUUUAAAGAGUUUCUAGCCUUCCUCGUUGUGGAGAAAAAGCCUAAAGGCUCAGAGACCAGCAUGUUUUGUGAAAAACCCUAAGUCAGAACCCUCUUGAUGUGGGGGGACAGACUGAUGAUUUUUGAAGGUGUAUGUGUGUUGGUGAGGAAGGAGGCCACACUGGGUUGGGAAUGGACCUUUUUCAUUAGUACAUCACUACAAACUCUAUGAAGCUCUAUCACGCACCUAUGUCUUGGAGUGUCACCUACCCCUGACCUUUCACCUGCUUUCCUGGUGACGUGGGACCAGAAUGCUGUCUGUGCCACAGACAUGCACAGGCACACUGGGGGCGCUGUAGAGCUGUCACCACACUACACCCUCAAGCCAGAUACGGCUGUUUGGCAGCUAUUGUAAUGCUGCUGCUGCUACUACUACACUAACUGCCCAGUGCCUGAAGCCUUCAGGUGUGCAAGGAUGCACCUGCCUAUGGACCUCUCUCACUUUUGGCAAGAUGUUUGUUUGGAUUGGGCUGUGAAAGCUAAAGCAGCCCCUGUACUUCUGUUUGUGGCGGUGGGCAACGCUAAGGCUGUGGGAUUGGUGUAAAGAGUGCAGCAGGGUAGUCACUGGCAAUUGAUAAAUAAAGGCAAUCUUGGAGAA